AUGGCCUCGGCGGGCAGCCCGGCGCCGCGGAGCCCCGGGGCGGAGCGGCCGGAGGCGGGUGCGCGGUGCCGCAGCCUGCCCGUGCUCGGCUCCCCCCUGGCGGCCGGGGGCGGCGGCGGCGGCGGCGGAGUCCCCCCGGGCCACGCCGCCUCGGCGGCUCCUGCCCAGGACGAGGGACCCGGGGCUGCCCGGCCCCCGGCAGCAGCCGCCGUCGGGAGCCUGCCCCGCAGGACGGAGGCGGUGGUGCCGGGCCGGGGGGUGCCCCCCGGAGCCCCCCCUCCGCCGCCGCUGUUGCUGGCGGGGCCGCCGGGCAGAGCGUGCCUGCGGGCGGUGCUGGCGGACUCGCGGUUCUUCUUGGUGUGCAUGUGCUUCCUGACCUUCAUCCAGUCCCUCAUGGUGUCCGGCUACCUGAGCAGCGUCAUCACCACCAUCGAGCGGAGAUACAGCCUGAAGAGCUCGGAGUCGGGGCUGCUGGUCAGCUGCUUCGACAUCGGGAGCCUGGUGGUGGUGGUGUUCAUCAGCUACUUCGGGGGGCGCGGGCGGAGGCCGCUCUGGCUGGCCGUAGGGGGGUUCUUCAUCGCGCUGGGGGCCGCGCUCUUCUCCCUACCUCACUUCAUCUCCCCGCCGUACCAGAUCCAGGAACUGAACUCCUCCGUCAGUAACGAGGGCUUGUGCGUGACCGGCAAUGGCACCGCCAAAGAGCAGUGGGACUCGCCGGCCUGCGUCAAGGACUCUGGCGGCAACGAUCACUCCCUCUAUGUAGCUUUAUUCAUUUGUGCCCAAAUCCUCAUUGGCAUGGGCUCGACACCCAUCUAUACCUUGGGACCAACCUACUUGGAUGACAAUGUCAAGAAAGAAAACGCCUCGCUUUACCUAGCCAUCAUGUAUGUAAUGGGAGCACUUGGUCCUGCAGCUGGCUACUUACUGGGAGGACUUCUUAUUGGUUUCUAUGUUGAUCCUAGGACAACUGUUUAUAUUGACCAGAGUGAUCCCCGAUUCAUUGGAAACUGGUGGAGUGGAUUUCUCCUUUGUGCCAUUGCAAUGCUCCUUGUGAUAUUUCCAAUGUUUACCUUUCCAAAAAAGCUUCCUCCUCGACAUAAAAAAAAGAAAAAGAAAAAGAAGAUGAACUCUGAUGAUGUCUCAAGUGAUGACGAAGUUAUGAAAGAGAAAACAAAUAGCAAAAUACAAGCAGACAGUGCAGUUCCUGCCUCUAUGGGAUUUGGAAAAAAUGUUAAAGAGCUUCCAAGAGCAGCUGUCAGGAUCUUAAGCAACAUGACAUUCCUUUUUGUGAGUUUGUCAUACACAGCUGAGAGUGCCAUUGUUACAGCUUUUAUUACCUUCAUUCCCAAGUUCAUCGAGUCACAGUUUGGCAUCCCAGCUUCCAAUGCCAGCAUCUAUACUGGUGUGAUUAUUGUUCCAAGUGCUGGUGUUGGUAUUGUCCUAGGCGGCUACAUUAUCAAAAAACUGAAACUUGGUGCAAGAGAGUCUGCAAAGUUGGCUAUGAUCUGCAGUGGUGUGUCUUUGCUGUGCUUUUCAACUCUCUUCAUUGUUGGAUGUGAAAGCAUUAAUCUAGGCGGAAUAAAUAUACCUUAUACAACUGGUCCCACUCUUGCCAUGGCCCACAGGAAUCUGACUGGGAGCUGUAACGUGAACUGCGGAUGUAAGAUUCAUGAGUACGAGCCUGUCUGUGGAUCAGAUGGAAUAACAUAUUUUAAUCCUUGCCUAGCUGGCUGCAUCAAUGGUGGAAACCAUAGCACAGGGGUAAGAAAUUACACAGAAUGUGCCUGUGUCCAAAGCCGCCAGGUUAUCACCCCACCGACAGUGGGCCAGCGCAGUCAGCUCAGACUGGUUAUCGUCAAAACCUACCUGAAUGAAAAUGGCUAUGCUGUUUCUGGGAAGUGCGAUCGAACCUGCAACACGCUCAUCCCAUUCCUGAUAUUUCUUUUCAUAGUGACCCUUAUAACAGCGUGUGCCCAGCCGUCAGCAAUCAUAGUGACACUCAGGUCUGUAGAAGAUGGGGAACGGCCCUUUGCACUAGGAAUGCAGUUUGUUUUAUUACGUACUCUUGCUUACAUUCCCACUCCAAUUUAUUUUGGGGCUGUUAUUGAUACCACAUGCAUGCUUUGGCAACAGGACUGUGGUGUACAAGGAUCUUGCUGGGAAUACGAUGUCACCUCAUUUCGUUUUGUCUACUUUGGAUUGGCCGCUGCUCUCAAAUUUGUGGGAUUCUUUUUUAUUUUUCUGGCCUGGUACUCCAUUAAGUGUAAAGAAGAGCAACUGCAGAGACAGAGGUGGAGGGCUUCGCCGGUGAACACUGUGAGUGAGAUGGUUGGCCAAGCUGGACUCCAACAAAACUAUGCACGGACUAGAUCCUGCCCUACCUUCAAUUCUCGAGGAGACAUUGGUGUGGCACAAGGAAUGAACUGCGUAGCACAGACAUACCCUGGCCCUUUUUCAGAAGCAAUAAAUUCCUCAAAUGAAAAUGCAUUGGAAGAAGUCACUGCUGAGAUAUAGACCCCUGGCUUGGUAAUGUAAUGUUUAGUUUUGUUGGUUGACUUAAUUACGGCGCCUUGUAAAACACCUGUGCCUUCUAUUUUUAAUCUAAAUGUAACACAUGAUAAAACCAACAAAGCUUAAUGCAAACAACCAUAGUAUGUUCCUGAGGGCUGGAUACCUCAAACCAACCCAAGUUCUUAUUUCUCCCUUCCUGACAAUGGAGUUUUAAAAAUUGUGUUUGUAAUUAUUUCAGAUGUGUCCAUUAAAUGUCCAUGCUCUGAUCUAAUAUCAAUGUAAGGGUGAGGUAUUAUGAACAGCAAAAGUCAGUGAAAGAGUGACAAAAACUCAUAUUGUUGAUGUCUAGAUGUCACAAAAAUGCUUAAAUGUAUCAUC